GCGCCCCAAACUUUCCAAAGAACAAACAUGCACUUGGAUAAAUUGCAUACGCGACGCGGCGCUUACUAGCAGAGGGGGCUCCCCAUCAAUUCCUGGAUAUAAAUUUUAUCGUCGUAACACGACGGGGCGAAAAUAGGGCUUCUAUGCCCUUAUGGCUAUUUGCACGUAAAACCCUUCGGCGGAAUACGAUGUGAUAUUUGUGUCGUGUACAAGCGGAAGAGUAAAAAAAGAGAGAAACAACGACGUUCGACGGGUAUCCGACAUCCACAGGUGGCCCUUUAAAAAGUUUCGAAAGUGCGGUAAAACUUUCUGUUGUGGGAGUCGAGCGGAACGUAAUGGGGCCACUUUGGCGUUACGUGUUGAUUUGAGUGAGAAAAUUGAGGCUGAUUGUAGUGGUAUGAUCAGAUGUAAACAAGGUGAGGCUCCGUGGAUACCUAUGGUGAAUAUGGAGGAAAACGAGAGAAGUUGGUAUCGCAGGCGCUGGGUUUUGAUGGUGGUUUUAUUGAUGGUUCAAGGAGUUUCUGCAGACAACCUGCUCCAAGCCCCCAGGUUCACCACGUUCACGAGCAGCAGCAUAAUCAGAUUGGGAACAACGAAAAUCGUGCAAUGCCAGGCGUUCGGUAAUCCAGCCCCACAAUUCCGAUGGCUAAAGGACGGCGAACCGAUCACAGAAUUUUCCACCGACCCCUUUUACAAAAUAAUAUCGGCCAAACUAGAGGACGGAGGCAGUUAUCGCUGUAUCGCCUCAAACAAGAUCGGAUCGAUUUUAAGCGAAGAGAACAAGAUCAUCGUUGCAUAUAUGGACGUAUUUAAAGAUCAAACUGAGAGCACUAUGACAGUGAUCGCGGGCAGUGCAGCCAUCUUAAACCUUCCGGAAAUCGAUUCAGUACCUGCCCCAGAUGUAACCUGGCAAACUGACGAAGGGGUACUGCCCUAUGCUCAGAAAUAUGCCAAAUCUAAGACGAAUCAGCUGAUCAUUUUGGCUACGGACCCGUCGGAUCAGAAACCUUACAGGGCUCGUGCAAUAAACACCCAAGAAGGUAAAGAAGAAAACAGCGCUUUUAUCCGUCUAGUAGUAGAAGAGGCCGCGGAAAACAAAGAGAUCGCUCCAGAAAUCAUAAUUCCUCCUGAAGACUUGCAAAUCAUUAAGGGAGCCUCGGAGGCCACCCUGGAUUGCAUUGCUAAUGCCAGUCCUCUACACGAGCUGGAAACCCUUUGGUACAAGGAUGGGAUUCCGAUCGAGAGCGCCGGCAUAUCGUAUUCCGCCAACGAUAUCUGGAACAGGAGCCUGGCACUAUCCUUCAUUAAUUCCACACACACCGGAUUGUAUGAGUGCAAUGUACAACUAAAAAGCGGCGGGUAUCCUACUGUUAAAGCGGCUGCUCAGGUUGUGGUGCUAGAAAAACCGAGAUUCUUAAGCAACGCGAAGCCAGAAACUUUGGGAGACUACGGGUCCGCGUUGAGCUUACCGUGUGACGUCAUUGGAAUACCGAAGCCUAACGUUACUUGGUAUAGGAAUUCGCAAGAGUUAGAUCUCAGUGAUAAGAGAUAUGUGAUAGAAGAAGACAACUCGUUGAUGAUCAAGAAGUUGCUGAUAACGGACAACGCGAUGUACCAGUGCUUCGCGAGAAAUAAAGCCGGCGAAAGUUCCUUAUCCACUUGGAUACGGGUGAAGACCGCGCAGCCCGUUAUGGAAUUCGGACCGAGGAAUUUGACCGUUUUGGACGGAAAAGAUGCCACUUUGACUUGUAGGGCCGCCGGAGCCCCCGUACCUAACGUCACUUGGAUUCUUAACGGUGAAGAAAAAAUAGCGACAACCAGCAGAGUCCAAAUCCUAGAAACCGGAGAUUUACUUAUAGCCGCUGUGCGAGAAAAGGACGCGGGACACUACACUUGCAUUAGAGCGAACGAAGCUGGGGAAGUGAGAGGGUCAGCGCAUCUCUCAGUACUUGUUCGGACCCAAAUAGUCCAGCCACCAGUGGACACCAGGGUGCUCUUAGGACACACCGCCACCAUGCAGUGUAAAAUCUCUUCAGACCCUAUGGUGCCUUACCAAAUAGACUGGUUCAGGGACAAACAGAUGAUAAAUCCAAGGGGCAGCCAAAGAAUCAACAUACUACAGGACGGCACUUUGGAGAUUCAAGCCGUAAGGGCGUCCGACGUGGGGCAUUACACCUGUGCGGUAAAAUCCCCCGGGGGUAACGAGACGAGAUCCGCCAAGCUGAGUGUUAUCGAGCUCCCAUUUGCCCCUACAAACGUUAAGGCUGAACGGACCGAAAUCGAGGGACAAAGGGCGGUCAACGUGAGUUGGACGCCCGGUUUUGACGGGAAUAGCCCGAUCCAGCAAUAUAUUAUUCAAAAAAGAGAAGUGCCCGAGUUCGUGCCACCGAUUUCAGGUCCAAUCCCCGAUCCACUUCUAAACUGGAUCACCGAGCUGAGCAACGUGUCCGGGGAUCAACGUUGGACGUUGCUUACCAAUUUGAAGGCGGCGGCUGCUUACCAGUUUAGGGUGAGCGCGGUGAACAGCGUGGGCGAGGGAAGUCCCUCGGAGCCCAGCAAUCAGGUCAUGCUGCCGCAAGAAGCGCCCUCUGGACCUCCGGUGGGUUUCGUCGGAUCCGCCAGGAGUUCUUCGGAAAUCAUCACACAAUGGCAACCUCCUCUGGAAGAACACAGGAACGGACUCAUCCUGGGUUAUAUCAUUCGUUAUAAGUUGCAUGGGUACCACGAUAGUCCUUGGACCUACAGGAAUAUUACAAAUGAGGCUCAAAGGAACUACCUAAUAACGGACCUAAUAACAUGGAAAGACUACAUAGUCCAAAUAGCCGCAUACAACAACAAAGGAGUGGGGGUGUACACAGACGGGGCCAAAAUAAAGACAAAAGAGGGCGUACCCGAGGCACCACCUAUAAUCCAAAAAGUGGAACCGUUGAACUCUACUGCCGUGCAAAUCUGGUGGAUACCACCUGAUCCUCAGAAGAUAAAUGGGAUUAAUCAAGGUUAUAAAAUACAAGCGUGGAAGUGGCAUCCAUCGCGUGGAAACGUCGAGGCGAGCAUGAUGACUGUCCAUCCGAACCUUUUGGAUCCAUAUGCGGAACAGACGGCCACGAUGACACACCUGGAAAAGUUCACCGAGUACAAUAUUACAGUCCUCUGUUUUACAGAUCCGGGAGAUGGCGAAAUGAGCGAUUUCGUUUAUGUCAAAACUAAGGAGGAUGUACCCGAUGAGGUGUCCAACCUGCAAUUCGACGACAUAAGCGACAGAGCCGUGAAGGUCCUGUGGCAACCCCCGAAAAAAACCAACGGCAUCCUGAUCGGCUACCAAAUCCAGUACCAAAUAAAAGACAUGCCGGACACCAUAAAAGUGCGAAACCUAUCGGCGGACACCCUAAGCGAAAUGAUCACGGAACUGCAAGCGACCACCCAUUACAAGUUCGAGGUGACCGCGUGGACUGCGGUAGGUCCGGGCCCCCCUAAAGUGGCGAUAAUCCAAUCCGGAGUGGAACCGGUACUACCCAGUCCACCGUCCAAGCUGGCCCUGUCCAACAUCGAAGCGUUUUCGGUGGUACUUCAGUUCACGCCGGGUUUCGAUGGGAAUUCCUCGAUCACCAAAUGGACGGUUCAGGCGCAAACCGCUCGGAACGCCACCUGGUUCACCGUGUCGGAAAUAGUUGAUCCCGAUGCCACUACGAUUACCGUAACCGGUUUGGUGCCUUUUACCAUGUACAAGUUGCGUCUGAUCGCGAAUAACGUGGUGGGGUCCAGUCAGCCCUCGGAGGCGACCAAGGAGUUCCAGACGAUCCAGGCGCCUCCCGCGCAUCCCCCUAAGAAUGUUACCGUUAGGGCGAUGAGCGCUACUGAGUUAAGGGUCAGAUGGAUUCCACUACAACAGAUCGAAUGGUUCGGUAACCCGAGGGGCUACAAUAUAAGUUACACCGAAGUGAGGACGGGUUACACCUUUAGCGCCAUGAUUGAAGAUCACACGGCUAAUUCACACGUGAUAAUCGGCCUAGAGGAGUUCGCGUUGUAUGGGAUUAGGAUGCAGGCUUGUAAUGAUGUGGGCUGCUCUAGUACCGGACCGAAAGCGUUAGAACGAACUAGAGAAUCAGUACCAUCCUUCGGUCCACUAAACGUGAUGGCGAACGCCACCUCCUCGACAACGAUAGUGGUAAAAUGGGGCGACGUACCAAAGGAGCACCAAAACGGACUCAUAGAAGGCUUUAAAGUUUACUACGCCACAGACUCCAAAGUAUCCCAAUAUAAAGUGAUCGCGAACAAUGCCACUUUUACCACAACCCUUACCGAAUUACGGAAGUUUGUUGUGUAUCAUAUACAGGUUCUAGCAUAUACAAGAUUAGGAGACGGCCAGCCAAGUACCCCGGCAGUCAGCGUAAGAACUUUCGAUGACGUUCCAGGAGCACCAUCAAACGUCUCUUUUCCGGAUGUAUCGUUCACGUCAGCCAGGAUCAUUUGGGAUGUUCCGGAGGAACCAAACGGGGAAAUAUUAGCUUACAAGGUCACUUACCACAUUAACAAUGUGAACACGAACAAUAAGUAUUCGAAGGAGUUUCCUCCGUCUGAUAGGACUUUUAGGUUCACUCAACUGGAAGCAGAGAAAUAUUACAUGUUUUCCAUUACGGCCCAGACUAGACUCGGAUGGGGUAAAACCGCUCACGCGUUAGUUUUCACCACGAAUAAUCGGGAAAUUCCUCAACCGCCAUCCGUGCCUCAAAUUAGCAGAUCGCAGAUACAAAGUAGGGCGAUUACUUUUAGUUGGACCCCCGGUAGGGACGGGUUUGCACCAUUAAGGUACUACACCGUCCAAAAAGCGGAAAGCAACGGGCCGUGGCAAUCAUUACCAGAAAGGGUAGACCCCCAACUUACCUCUUACACCGUAACAGACCUUAAACCCUUCACGACUUACCGCUUCCGGAUACAAGCGACCAACGAUAUCGGGCCGAGUAGGUUCAGCCCCGAGUCGGUCGAAGUAAGAACUUACCCUGCAGCUCCUAGCAAGGCAGUACAAGGUUUAAAAGCGGUCCCAAUAACUACGACUAGCGUGGAAGUCUUCUGGAUACCGAUUGAGGAGCAAUCCUGGAGUGGCGACAGUAAAACCGGCGGGUACAGGGUCGUUUUUCAGCCCACUGACUUUAUUAGUGCCUUACAGGACACCCCCAAGGAAGAAGUUAUGGGCAUUAACGCAAGUAAAAUGGUGCUUAGCGAGCUGCUGCAGGACCGUAAUUACGAGAUCAAAGUGCUCCCAUUUAACACCCAAGGGGACGGCCCUGUAAGUCCUCCCGUAACCGUGUAUGUAGGCGAGGCGGUUCCUACGGGAGAGCCCAGGGGGUUACAAGGAGAACCAGUUUCCUCCACCGAGGUCCGAUUGAGGUGGAAACCGCCCCAGCACCACACGCAUAAUGGGGAACUUUUAGGCUAUAAAAUUUUCUAUACGGUAAUAAACUCACCGCAAGAACUAGAACCUGGAAAAAAAUGGGAAGAAGAAAUCGAAGUGGUAGCGGCAUCCACGACCGCCCACAGUCUCGUGUUCCUCGACAAAUACACCGAAUACAAAAUUCAGAUUUUGGCUUUUAAUCCCGCCGGGGAUGGUCCGAGGUCGCAACCGAUCAAAGUGAAAACGCUCCAGGGCCUUCCGAGUGCCCCGGUGAAUCUACGGUUCACGGAAAUCACGAUGAACAGUUUGAUGGUGUUGUGGGAUUCCCCUAAGAAGCCUAACGGGGAUAUUGUCGGUUAUAUUGUCACGUAUGAGACUACGGAGGAGAACGAACGUUUUAGCAAACAAGUAAAACAAAAAGUCUCAACGAACUACCUACAAGUGCAAAGUCUCGAGGAAGAAAUCACGUAUACUUUCACCGUGAGGGCGCAGACCAUAGAUUUGGGUCCUCCAGUCUCUAACAACGUGACCACCGGGCCCCAGGAGGGGUCUCCCGGUAGCCCCAAAGAGCUGACCGUCAUAAGACAGCUGUCGAGCGUCGAUCUGCACUGGUUGAACGGCCCUACUGGCAAGGGACCCAUUAUCGGGUACUAUUUUGAAUGUCAACGAAAAGACGACACUCGAUGGCAAACGGUGACAAAAACGAACAACGGACCUCUGCAAGACUUCACCAUCUCUUACCAGAGCCUCUUACCGUCUACAGCCUACAUCUUCAGGGUGAUCCCUUACAACAAAUUCGGGAUAAGUUGCCCCGCUUCGUCCAGCAAUUACAUCCUCACGCCCUCCAAACUGUAUAUGGAGUACGGAUAUUUGCAAAACAGUCCGUUUUAUAGGCAAACGUGGUUCAUGGUCGCCUUGGCUGCCACUUCGAUCAUCAUUAUCAUCACGAUCAUUGCCAUUUUGUGUGUGAAGAGCAAAAGUUACAAAUACAAACAAGAAGCCCAAAAAACUUUAGAAGAAUCAAUGGCAAUGUCCAUGGGGGAUCAUCAAGAGUUAGCAUUGGAUUACUAUCGGUCCAAGAGCGUCAACGGAACGAUAAGUGCUAUGGGAACGUUGAGUAGGCGCAACGGCCAAAGGAAACAAGGACACAGUCAACCACCACCAAUCUUAAGUAAAUCACCUCCAAGACCUUCUCCCGCUUCAGUACCAUACAACUCGGACGAGGAGAGCUUAAAAGGCUACGAUGAAAAUCCGGAUGAUAGCAGUGUCACUGAGAAACCCUCCGAGAUGAGUUCCUCCGAACAGUCUCCACAGGUGAAGGUAAAAAUUGGUUCCGAAAGUGAAAACGAAAGCGUCCGCUCCGAUCCGCACUCGUUCGUCAAUCAUUACGCCAACGUAAACGACACCCUGAGGCAGUCGUGGAAAAAACAGAAACCGGUUAAGAACUACAGCAGCUACACGGACUCCGAACCGGACGGUAGCGCCGUGGUGAGCCUCAACGGGGGUCAAAUCAUAUUAAAUAAUAUGGCGAGGUCCAGGGCGCCCCUGCCGGGAUUCUCCUCAUUUGUAUAAAAAAAUAUCUUUUUGUUUUUUUUUUGUCAAAUUUAAAGUUUCUCCUUAAAUUCUUUACUUAUUAUAGACCUAUCUGUGAAUGCGUAGCUACUUAAGACAUAAUUCGAUGUAUAUAAUAGUGUUUCUUACUUUGUAUUGUAUAUUUUCUUUCACUUUUUUCGGACCAAGUUGUAGUUCUAGGAUCUUUUUUGUUUGAUCUCAAGAUAUUUUGAGUCGUUCGCACCAGUGUCCAUGACUUAUAUUUUAGUUUGGACAAUAGGUUAUUUAUUAGUUGUGUAAGCCAUAAUUACAGCCAUAAUCACGUUUGCUAGCUUUUUUUUAUUUAUUUCUAAAAAUUGUACUUUUUUUAGGUACUUUUGAGUACAUAUUAUACUGCCUUAAGUUAGAUUGUACAUAGUUAUUUAUUGGUGUAUCUAAACGAGAUAACCUACUGUCCAUGCAAGCUUUCUUUUUAAAUAAAUAUACAAAAUAAAAGACUUGACUUUAAAUUAAAUAUAAAUGUUAGGGUUUUGUAAAUACUAUACGAUAUUUUUUACUAUUCUGGUUUCUAUACUAUAUUCAUGUUUUUACCUUUAACUAAGGUAGCGAAAAUUUAGAGUUUAUAUUUAAUUAUUAUUAUAAUAUAGGGGAUGUUAUGGUGUCACUGUCAAUUAUCUCAUCUAUGUAUUUCAGCUUGAAUAGAUUUAUAUAAAUUGCCAAUGGUAUUGGCAAAUAGGAAAAUUGUCACAUAGUAUAUUUAAUAUCGUUUCAUCUCUAGGUAAAUUGUUUUCAUCGAAUAUUUAUUUACUUAUGACCCUGUUGUUUACAGGCAUACGAUAGUCCGUCUACGAAUGUUUUUAGGAAAUAAUUUACUGUAUAUAUAUACAGGGUGUACAAAAUUACUAAUAGAGUUCAAGUUAAAUCUCUUCCAUUUUGCACACCCUAUAUAUAUGAAAUAUUUCAAUAGAUUUUAUAUAUAUUUAUACUUUUCUGAAUGUUCAUGUGAGCUUAUUUGUUUUUAAAUAAUUAUUGUAUACACAAGGGAAUAUUGUGCAAAAUGUUUUUUUUAGGAGAAAAAUGCAAUUUAUAGCCUUUUUUCGCUAAAUAGUUAAAAAAAUGCGGUUAUUGUAUCAUCACACUUGAUCAUUACCAUCGUUCUGGUUUGCUCAAUCACAGAAAUGUCAUCAAAAUUAUCCCGAUAGUUAUAGUUUUUUUAAUAUCUUUAUUUAAACGUUUAUUACUCUAGCAAGCUGUUUGUAAUAUAAAACUGUGAUUCUCGA